UGACGUUAUCAAAAUAUAUUUCUAUACGCGGCUAACUUCACCCGGCUUCCUCCUUUUUACUUUUAAUUCUCGUUGGAGGUCUACAACGAAAAUGGGAGCUUAUCGUUAUAUGCAGGAGUUGUAUAGAAAAAAGCAGAGCGAUGUUAUGCGCUAUUUGCUUCGAAUUCGAGUAUGGCAAUAUCGUCAACUUACUAAACUGCAUCGAUCCCCAAGACCAACCCGGCCUGAUAAAGCACGCCGUUUGGGAUAUCGUGCCAAACAAGGAUUCGUUAUUUAUCGGAUUCGGGUUCGCAGAGGUGGUCGUAAACGUCCCGUUCCUAAAGGAUGUACCUACGGAAAGCCCAAAAGUCAUGGCGUGAAUGAGCUUAAACCGUAUCGUGGAUUACAAUCUAUUGCUGAAGAACGUGUGGGUCGCAGACUUGGUGGGCUAAGAGUUUUAAAUUCUUAUUGGGUAGCUCAGGAUGCAUCAUACAAGUAUUUCGAAGUUAUAUUGGUUGACACUCAUCACUCAGCAAUUCGUCGGGACCCGAAAAUAAACUGGAUUUGUAAACACGUUCAUAAGCAUAGAGAAUUACGUGGUCUUACCUCUGCUGGAAAGAGUUCUCGUGGAAUUGGUAAGGGCUACAGAUAUUCCCAAACUAUUGGUGGAUCACGUCGUGCUGCUUGGAAGCGCAAGAAUCGCUUGAAUAUGUUAAGGAAACGUUAAGAGUUCAAAGAUUAAAUAACGAUGUGAAUAAAGGAAAGCAGUUUUAUAUUGCUAACAACACGA